AAACCGAGCACAAAUGGGCCUCUGCUUCCCUUCGGGCCCUAGGCAUGUGCCUAGCUUGCCUCUGUGUUAGCUCAGCCCGGAGCAUUUGGGGAGGCCGCGGGAUGCGGCAGAGAGCAAGCCUUCUCCCCCGGAGACGCAAACACGGGGCGUGGGGGAGGGGGCGGACAGUGUCGGGAGCGGGGGAGGCCUCAGCAGCGCUUGGGGCUGGGUCUCAUCCCAGCCAUGUGCACCGAGCGCGGCGCCGAGGGCCGGCUCCCCUCCCCGGGAGGACGGAGGAGGAGGAGGAUGAAGAGAAGCAGAGGGCAGAGCAGCUGCGGAGGAAAUGGCUCUUGAAGUUAAAUGAGGCUGGAUAAAACACAUAAAUGAAUCAAAGACUGCUCUACAUGUGUUAGGGCUAAAAAUACCAGAAGCAUCGCUGAUCAGCCAGUCCUGGUAACUUGUCAUAAUGAAGAAAAUUAGUCUCAAAACAAUUCGCAAGUCCUUUAACUUAAAUAAAAGCAAAGAUGAAAGUGACUUUGUAGUGGUUCAGCAGCCGUCAUUAAGUGAAUUUGGAAAAGAUGACUCCUUGUUUGGCAGCUGUUAUGGUAAAGAUUUGGCUAGCUGUGAAGUCAACAGUGAGGAUGAAAAAGGCAAAAAUAGAUCAAAAAGUGAAAGCUUAAUGGGUACGUUAAAAAGGAGGCUUUCCGCGAAACAAAAGCAGAAAGGCAAAGGUAGCACGCCAUCUGUAAGCUCUGCUGAUGACGACACCUUUUCUUCCUCAUCUGCUCCAAUAACCUUCAAAGAUGUGAGAGCUCAAAGACCAUUAAGAUCCACAUCCCUCCGUAACCACCAUUAUAGUCCAACUCCCUGGCCCCUACGGCCAACCAACUCAGAAGAAACUUGUAUCAAAAUGGAAGUGAAAGUUAAGGCUUUGGUCCACUCCUCUAAUCCAAGCCCAGCACUGAAUGGCGUUCGAAAGGACUUCCAUGACUUACAGUCAGAUAAUGUGUUCCAAGAACAAAAUAAUGGAUUAAAAAGUACAGAAUCUCAGAAUGGGGAUUUACAUCUUCACAUUGAUGAACAUGUGCCUGUAGUUAUUGGACUAAUGCCUCAGGACUACAUUCAGUAUACUGUGCCUUUAGAUGAGGGAAUGUAUCCUUUGGAAGGAUCACGUAGUUACUGUCUGGAUAGUUCCUCACCCAUGGAAGUUUCUACUGUUUCUUCCCAAAUGGGUGGGAAUGCUUUUCAUGAAGAGGAGGGUCAAGUGGAUCAAGAUGUGGUUGUUGCUCCAGAUAUUUUUGUGGACCAGGCAGUGAAUGGCUUGUUGAUUGGUACCACGGGAGUCAUGUUGCAAAGUCCAAGAGUUAACCACAAUGAUGUCCCUCCACUCUCACCUUUGCUACCUCCGAUGCAGACUAAUCAAAUCCAAAGGAACUUCAAUGGCCUGACUGGCACAGAUGUCCAUGUAGCUGAAAGUAUGCGCUGCCAUUUGAAUUUUGAUCCUAACUCUGCCCCUGGAGUUGGAAGAGUGUAUGACUCUGUACAAAAUAGUGGUCCUAUGGUUGUGACAAGUCUCACAGAAGAAUUGAAAAAACUUGCAAAACAAGGAUGGUACUGGGGCCCUAUCACACGUUGGGAGGCAGAGGGAAAAUUGGCAAAUGUGCCCGAUGGUUCAUUUCUGGUUCGAGAUAGUUCUGAUGACCGUUAUCUUUUAAGCCUGAGUUUCCGAUCUCAUGGUAAAACUCUUCAUACUAGAAUUGAACAUUCAAAUGGUAGGUUUAGCUUUUAUGAACAACCAGAUGUGGAGGGACAUACUUCUAUAGUUGAUCUAAUUGAACAUUCGAUCAGGGACUCUGAAAAUGGCGCGUUUUGCUAUUCAAGGUCUCGAUUGCCUGGAUCUGCAACUUACCCAGUGAGACUGACAAAUCCAGUAUCUCGAUUUAUGCAGGUGCGUUCCUUACAGUAUCUGUGUCGUUUUGUUAUACGUCAGUACACUCGAAUAGACCUGAUUCAGAAACUGCCUUUGCCAAACAAAAUGAAGGAUUAUUUACAGGAGAAGCACUACUGAAAGCUUAUGGGAUAUUUGCAUCUUGCACUUUGGGAACAACAACAAAAAAUAAAUAAAAAAGAGAUUGAAAUACAGUUUACAAACUUUCAUAACUAUCAAAUUUUUUUGCUGCCAUAACAAUAUUUCAUUUUUGUGUGUAAAGAAUAGUAAUGCAUUUGUUUUUUUUUUUUUUCUUGUUUUGUUUUCAGUUUUUUUGGGGGGGACAGUUUUUGUUCUUUUUUUAAGAAUGGUCUCAAGGUUUUUAGAAGUGUGAAAUAACUAUCUUUCAUAAAUGUGCAGAUUAAUCACAAUGUGAAUGAUCAAAUUCUCCUUAUUUUUCCUUAAGUCCUUUGCUGCUAUCCACUGUGAUUUUUAUGCAUUGAAAGCACAUUUCAUGUGUAUUCAACCAUAAGUAAAAAAUCAAAUGAAACUUGUAAAUGGAAUUUUUUUUUCCCCCUUGAAAUGGCCUAUUUUAUAACGAUAAUUGUGGAUAAAACAUACUACUAUGCUAAAUUAUAGAAUUUAGAUAUACAUUUAAAAUGAUUUCCUGGCAUCCUAACUAAAAAUUUCUUUAGUAGUACCCCAAUUUAGAACUUAUUAAUUGAUAGAGCUGUUUGAUGGAACACAGAUACACAGCCUGUCUUUGGAAAAUACCUUUUGCCUAAGUAACAUUAUGAUGUGUACACAAUUCUGGUUAUGAGGAGUUUUGCUUCAUUUUCUUAUAAUGUUUUCUUAUCCUUUUAAAAAUGGCCUUUGAAAAUAGUCUUUGAAAAUAGAUACAUAAUACAAAUGUGGAAAUUGUAAUACUUAGAUAAACAUUGAACAUGAAUCACUGAUGGCAUAAUUAAAAUAAUUUCUAGAAAUGGUCCUAAUUAUAAAAGCUAUGAAUUAAUCUAUGACAUAGACAUACGGUAAGACACCUAAAAGCCUCGCCUUCUCGAAGAUAAUUUCUUCUCUACGCCAUACUUCAAAAUGAUAGUUUUUUUAAACCUUUUUUUUAUGGAUUUCCACAUUUGAGGUUCAGUUGUACAGCUAAUUUUAUUUUGGUUGUGUUUUUAUGGGAGAGGGGACUUAAAGGUUAUACCCAUCAUUCACAUAAUUUUUAAAAUCUUUCAAACUGAAGAAAAUGGGCUGUGUUUUAAUAUGCCAUCAUUAAGUACUUCACUUACUAAAAGUUUCAGAAGCUGUCAUGAAAAGUAUGUUUCGAUAUAUGGAAUUUCAAAUUUGUUGAGGAAAUAUUUCUAACAUCUGACGGGAUACUGGGAUUCAGAGCCUAUAGUUAAUCUGACCUUCUUAUAAAGACUUCUGUAUUGGAAGCAGGGAGUCUAGAUUGCAAAUUUCUCUUUGUGCAAUAUUUAUCCUUGGUGUUUUCCUGGUUUUUCUCUCUGGCUGUACUGCAUUUGUGAUUUCAUUGUUAAAGGUGGCAAUGGCUAUUUUUUAAAAAUGAAUCAAUACUAUAUUUUUAGCUUGUCACCUUCCCCAUCAGCAGUUGGUAUGAGUUGCUGUUCAAUAAAAAUCAACUUGGAAAAAG